AUGAGUAAGCAGAACAGCUCAAAUACAAAUGGGGGCAAUAAUAAACAGUUACAACAUAGUAAUAGUGGGUUUUUAAAUACAAGUGGUUCACCAUUUAUAAAAUCAUCAAGUACUAGUACUAUUUCACCAUUUUUGGUUUCAAAACAAUCACCACCCUCAUCACCAUUGGGAAUUCAUAGAUUUAAUUCACAUACUUCCUCGUCAAUCAACACUCCAAAUAGUUGUGCAAGUAAUAGAACCCCACCUUUAGAUAACAGUAAUUUUAAAGAAAAAAUACAACAAUUGGGAUGGAUGGAUAGCCCAACAUUAAGUGGGAAUGGAAGAAUGAGAUCAAAUUCAGUUGCAAUCGGUUCACCAGGUUCAACAACUUUCUUUCAAUACCAAUUAGAAGAGACUUCGAAAAAAUUAGAGGAGAAAGAAAAAGAUGCAGCUUUGGCUGCUGAAAUCGGUAAGAUUUUACUUGAAAGAAACCAAGAAUUGGAAGAACAAAUAGGUUCAUUGCUAGACAACGAAAAAAAGUAUUUAGAUUGUUUGUCAGAAUAUGAAUUUUUGAAAAAUCAAAAUGAAAUUUUAAAUGACAAUUUAAAAGAAGCUACAAAUGAAAAUGAAAUAUUAAUAGAAAAGUUAAAGCAAGAGGAAGAAAUGGUUAGUGAAAAAUCAAAAAAGUUGUAUAUUUCUCAAAGAUCAUCACCAAAUAAAAACCAACCCGAUAUUGACAGAUUAAACCAAGAGUUGGAAGAAUAUAGAAUGAUUUCACAAUCAAAAGAUAAAAUUAUUUCAAAAAUUAAAGGUGAAAAAGGUGACCUCGAGCAAAGAUUGGAAAACUUAAACAGCGAAAAUGUUCUCUAUCAAAACUAUAUGGAUGAAAUCGAUAAGUUAAAAAAGAAGAAUAGAGAGCUUAGAGCCAAAUACAAAGACCUUAAAUCAUUUUCACAGCUUAAUAUUAAAAAAUCAAUAUUGGAAGAUUUCAAUUUGUUAAAAGAGAACUGUCAAGUAUCUUUCGAUAGUAUUAUUACCUGUUGCACAAAAAUCAAAUCUUUUCACAACUAUCAGAAUAAUGAUGAUGAAUUAAAGCUAUUAAAUUUUACAAAGGGUUAUAUAAAUCAGUUGCAAGUUAAAGAUAAUAUUUAUAGUGAUAUUAAUAAUGAUAAUUACCAUAAUAAUGAAAAUAACCACAAUAAUGACAAUAACUAUAAUAACAACCCAAACAAUAUCGUUUCUGGAGAGGGAUUGGGUGAACCAAUUAUAAUUCAAUUAAUUUCUAAAGUAAAGGAUCUAAAUUCAAAAUAUCAAAAAAAACCAUUUAAUAUCGAAAAUUCCAAUAAUGUUGAAGGGGGUAGUAUUACAGAUGAUAUUUCAAAUAACCAGGAUAUCCAUUUGGCCUCGUCAUGUGUGUUAAAAACUUCAUCAAAUGUUUCUUUUGAAGAGCAUAAGGACUCAUUAAUUAUUGAAACGUCCAAAGAUAGUUUGCUAAGAUCAUCUCUUUUAAUUCUUAUAUCAACAUAUUUAUUGGGUAUUAUAAAUGAAAUUAAUGACUCAUUGGUUAAAGAAAAGCAAACAAUUAACGAGUUAUUAGAAGAUAUAUCAGAGUUAAAUGAAAAGUGUCAAAAUAUUAAUAAGGUCAAUUUAAAAUUAGAAGAAAAAUUAGAAGAAUCAAAUAAGAAUUUACAAGAAACUGUAGAGACAUUAAAUAAGGUUCAACAAAGAGUACUCGUUUUGGAGGAAGAAAAAGAACAAGAAAAUACUUUAAAAAAAAAUGAAACUGAAGAAAAUAUAAAGAAAUUAACAUCAAAACUAAAGAGUGAUUUGCUUAAUAAUAAAAAACAAAUGGAUGUCAAUAUUCAAGGGUUGUCGCUUGUUAUUCAGAGUUCUUUCCAAGAAAUCGAGAAACUGGAAAAGCAAAAUAGUUUAUUGGCUGAUGAAAAUACUCAGCUUCAUAUUCAAAUGGAGGAUAUUGUAUCAAUCAAAGAUAAUGAUAUUAGCUUUAUUAAAGAUCAGUGUUCAAAAUUAGAAAAUAAAAUCAAAAUUGAAACAAAUAAUUCGUUUGCAUUAAAAGAAAAUAGUUCAAGAUUAUCAAUGGAGUUAGAAACAAUUAAAAAGAGUGCCAAUGAAUCCGAAAAUCAUCUUCAAUCCAUCAUAAAUCAAAAAAAUAGUGAAAUAAACGUAUUAGAAAACAAGAUCAACGAAAUGACUAAUCAAAUUAAUAAACUAAACGAAGAUAUCCAAACAAGCUCCUCACACGCCAUCGAAGUUUUGAAUGAACAAACCAAUUUGGUAACAUGUCUUAGGGAAGAGUUAAAUAACAAUGAAACAAAUAAUUUAAAGAAAGAUGAAAUGAUCCAAAAUUUAGAGCAAUUAAAGAAUCAAUAUCAAAGUGAUGUCGAGGGUUUACAAAAUGAUUUUAAAGAUUUAAAACAAGUGAUCAGUAAAUUAGAAAAGGAAAAAGAAGAAACCACAAAAGAACGUUCUUUAUUGGAGGAGCAUGAAAAAUUAGAAAAAGAAAAGAUGGAAAUUUUAGAAAAAGAAAAACUAGAGCAUGGUCAAUUAGAAAAAGAAAGAUUGGAAAAAAUUAAAUUAGAAGAGCAAUUAGAAAGUGAAAAAAAAGAAAAAGAAAGAUUAGAAAAAGAAAUAAAAGAAAGAGAGAAACUAGAACAAGAUAGAAUGGAAAAAGAGAAAUUAGAAAAGAAACAAUCGGAAAAAGAAAUAUUAGAAUCAAACUCCCACGACUGCUCACAAUUUCAAAUUGAUGAAAAAGAUGUAUCGAUUUUGGUUUAUAUUAGCUCUAUCUUAAAAAGAGAGGUCAAAAGUGAAUGUAAGAAAUGUACUUUAGAACUAUUCUCUGAUGGUCUAUUAUAUUCAGAAAUUGUUAAUACCUUUAUCCCAGAAUCAAUUGAUAAAAGAGCAUUGUACAAAAACUGUUCAAAUAAUUCAGAAAAGAUAGGUAAUAUCAAAGUUUCCCUAAAUUCAAUUAAAGUGCUAGGUGGUAACCAAAAUUUCAAUGCCGAAAAAAUUAUGAAUAAUUACGAAGAGCUAUAUAGAUUUUUAAUUGAAAUUUUCUAUAUAGGAAAUGUUAGUAGAAUUAAUUUGCAGUCCCAUCCAGAAUUGGUUUAUUUAUGGAAACAUAACCCAGAGCAUGGCAUUAGUCAAUCAAAGAGAGAGGAAAGCUGGGAUAGUUUUGUAGCACUAGAAGAAACAUGUUUAUUAAGAAGAUGGGUUAAUCAUUUCCUCAAAAUAGAUAAUAAAGAACUUAUUUAUAAUUUUUCACAAGAUUUUGCAAACAAUGGAAAAACAAUAUUAGCAUGUUUAAUGAAGCAUAUCUAUUCAGUAGAUCAACAACACACUCAGGAUUUAGAUUCAAUACUAAAAUAUAUAGCAGACCAACUAUUACCAAAACAACUAUUUGUAUUUAAAGAUGAUAUUACAAAAGGUAAUCAAGAAAAAAUAAUUAUCCUUUUAGCCCAACUAUUGGACCGUAACUCUGCCAUUUCUUUAUCAAAGAGCGAAAUCCCAAUACGUCAUGACUCACCAGAUAUUGCCCCAUCAAGUGAAGAAAAAGCAUGCAAAGGUUGGCUUAAAACAAUUGAUAUUAGUACAUCAUCAUUUGACGAUUUUGCAGACGGUUUAUUAUUAUUAAAAGCAUUAGAUAAGGUUCAGCCAGGUAUCGUUAAUUGGAAAUUAGUCAAUAUGAAUCCCACCAAUACUUUUUCAAUGACAGAAAAUUGCAAUUAUUGUGUUAAAUUGGGUAAAGAUAAAUUAAAAUUCUCUUUGGUUAGUAUUGCAGGUAGAGAUUUUGUAGAUGGUAGUAAGAAAUUCCUUUUAUCGUUUGUUUGGCAAAUGAUGAGAAUUAGUGUACUUAAAAGAGCCAUACACAUUAGAAGCAACAGUAGUGGUAACCUAAAUCAAGAACUAACUGAAUCAGAUAUUAUCUCAAAAAUAAACAAAAUGGUAACAAAAGCUGGCAAAUCUAGUCAAAUAAAGUCAUUUUCUGACCCAUCAUUAAAAGACGGUAAAUUUUUACUAGAUCUCUUGGACUCAAUCCAACCAGGUUGUAUCAACUAUGCAGAAAUAAAGUUUAAAGAAAACUCAGAAUCUUACAAAUCAAAUGCUCAAUAUGUAAUCACCAUUGCAAGAAGAUUAGGUUGCACAGCAAUAAUUUUUUGGGAAGAUAUUGUCGAAGUAAAAGGAAAUAUGAUUAUGACAUUUAUUUGUGACUUAAUAAAUCUAAUAAAAACAAUUGAUUAAAAAAUAUAAAAUAAAAAAAAUAAAAAAAAAUAAAAUAUGCAACCUAUUUGAUUUUACUAUUAU